CCUCUGGCUGCACACAGGGGAUUUCUGACUGCACCUGCACUCACAACGCUGUGUCUACAUGUCUGUGUACAGAUAGUGCUGAGGGUGUGUCUGAUAUUGACACAGUGCUGGACGGCCUGAGAGGCAGAGUGACACGGAUGCCAAAGCACUUUGUUUUGCCUCUUUUCAAAGAUCUGCUUAAACACACACCCAAUGAGUGGAUGACCAAAAUAAAUGUCAAUGAAGGAAUCAUAUUUCACAGUCAACUCCAGCCCUACAGGUCUAAGUACAGGGAAGAAGAAGAAUACUGCAUUCUUCACCACAUCCAGAAUGGCUCAUACGGUGAUGUGUUCUGCGUACGGGACAAAAGGACCGGAUUUGAGUGUGCAGCGAAGAGGAUCCCAUUGAGUCACUUCAGCAGUGAGGAGGUGAGCACGUGGAGCACUCUGAACUCUCCUCGUGUAGUGGAGCUCUUUGGGGCUGUGAGGGAGGGGCCGAACAUCCUCCUCUUCAUGGACUUGAAGCCAGGCUGUUUGGCCCAGCUACUUAAAGAGAAAGGCACCCUACCUGAAGAUUUAGCACUGCACUACCUCCGUCAGAUACUGGGCGCACUAGACCACCUGCACCACAGACAUGUCGUUCACCUGGAUGUCAAAGUUGAUAAUGUGCUGUUGUCCACGGACUGCAGAAACACAUUCCUCUGUGACUUUGGUCUCUCUGAGACAUUAGAUGGCAAUGGACAGAGCACCAAGGCAUUCAAGGGGUCUGGCUUUGCUGGCACAGAGACCCACAUGGCCCCCGAGGUGGCACGGGGGGAGCAGCGCUGUGCCAAGGCGGAUGUGUGGAGCAGCUGCUGCAUGCUACUGCACAUGCUCAAUGGAUGCCACCCCUGGAUACGCUAUUACUCCCAUCCACUGUGUCUCAAGAUUGUCAAUGAGCCUCCACCGCUAUGGGAGGUGCCUUCCAACUGUAAUCAUUUCACUGCCAAAGUGUUCAGGGCUGGCCUCCAGAAAGACCCUGACAGACGAGCUUCAGCCAGGGAGCUCAGGAUGAAGACCACCAAGGCCCUCAGAGCAGUUGGAGGUCUCAGUCGCUGGUCCAUCAAAGCUGCCUUGGAGAAAGUGGAUCAUGACAUCAACACGAAUGGAGACACACCCUGCACUCUGUCACCUGGGAUUCCCUUGACCCCAGCUAAGCCAGCCACUGCCGUCUCUGCCCCCACAAUGCACUGGGUGAGCCCUUGGAGAACGAGGGCGAUGGAUGAAGACAGCAGUGACCUGGAGGAGGGUGUUUCAGAAUUAGACUCUGAGGAGGAGACGGACUCCCUGACUAAGGAAUGGGAAUCCCAGCCAAAAUCCUUGCGGCAAUAUUACGUCGCAGAUGACAAAGACUGGGAAACAGGGUCAGACUCUGAGGUGGAUAUUUACAUGGGAGAGGAGGAAUAUUCUCAGAAAAGGGGAGCAUGGCCAAAAAAUGACAGGGCCUACGAGGGGGACUGGGAGGAAGAGGAGGAAGAACAAGAGGGAGGAGAGGAGGAGGAAGAGGAGUGUGACUCUUCCUCGCUCACAGAAUAUUUCCAUGCUCUCAAAGUCCAUUUCCCUUUGCUGCGUAAAGGCCAACAGACAACUGGCCACUCAUGGGGAUCCGAACCAGAGCUGGAAUACCUCAGAGACGGUGUAUCUACAGGCAACAUGAUCCAGAGUCCAUCCCCGGAGCCCAGAGAUCACCCUCCGUCCUGCUUCAGCUGCUCAGACACGUCCCAGAUAGAGGCCUCAGACAGGGACUCUGAUCGUUCAUCGGAUGAUCUCAGCUCUGGAGUUUUCUCCUCCUACAACAGCCAGAUAGAUGGCCAUCUAGAGUGGUUGGUCUCAGCAAAUCAGCCAUCCUCGUACUGCCUCGAAGGUGUCGACAUCUGGAUUGAGAACAUCCACGGAGAGUGCCUGAGGAUUCGUGAACGCCGGCAGGUUAAAGUGGGCCAUGUUGCGAUAGGAAUUAGUGAUCAGAUCUUAGUAAAAGCCUUCAGUUUGGAGACCCUGGACAGGAAGAUGGUGCCCUUCCAGCAAAAGAUCCAGGAGUCUGGCCUCUGGCUCCGCUGUGUCCCUGCUCCCGACCACUGCCAGCGCUGGAGCUGGAGGAUCAAGGAUGGCAAGCUGGAGCUCAGGGAAUGAGACGGAUAUAUAUUUUUCUUCUUUUUCUUUUUUUUUUUUUUUUUGCACUAACGUAAGCAUUGGAUUUCCCUUUUGCUCUUUGUGCCAAGACUGUGUUGACAGAAAAAUGCUUACAUGUUUAUUCUUAAGAUGUUGACAUGAUUGAGUUUCAUAAGUAAAUGCUGGAAUGCAAAUGAUUUGGGUGGGAAUCUGAGGUAUAGGCUAAGUCAGUUGCAUCUGCAUGUACUUAUGUCAUUGUGGUGAUUUUACUGCACUUUUUUUUAUUACCUGCUUUAAGUUGCAUAUUCAGAUCCAUGUGCAAUUUUCAUUUGAGGAGGUAAUUCAAUUUGUCCAAUUCUCCCUCUAUAACCUGGAAAAUAGUGCUGGCAUGUUGCCUGGUUUUAAAAAGGGUUUAUGAAGCUGUUUAAAAUAUGUGAUUGACUGCCAAAAAUAUAAGCUCUCAAGGUAAAAUUACUUGAAAAUAUUGACAUUUUAUAUCGCAAUAAAUGUAUAAGACCUCAUAAGGAAA